AUGGGUAUGAGCUAUCGUCGCUACUUGAACGGCGCACGUAUCUACGGAUGCUCGCAGUGCAAGACACAUCUCGCCACCAUCCACUGCAUGAUCUCUCGGGCUUUCCAUGGCCAACAUGGUCGAGCAUACUUGUUCGAGGUUGUUGUCAAUGUCGUCGAGGGCGAACCCGAGGACAGGGCAAUGACGACGGGCAACCACACUGUCCGGGAUAUAUACUGCUGCAAAUGCGGGCAGACACUAGGCUGGAAAUACGUGAAGGCGUAUGAGCCGUCACAGAAAUACAAAGAGGGCAAGUACAUCCUCGAGCGCAACCUACUUGUUGACGUACAAUGA